AUGGGUUCAUGCUCGGCAGCAGUUUCUACAAUUGUUCAGAGCUGGAGAGAGCAUCCUCCGUCUUCUUAUUUCCUCAAGAUUCACAACUUCUCACAACUUGAGAAUUCGACUUCUUCUUCUGAUCAUAAAUACCAAUCUCGUCUUUUCUCCUCUGGUGGAUAUAAUUGGAGAUUGAUCGUAUACCCAAAAGGGAACGAAAAGGAUAAUGGGAGUGGAUUUAUUUCCAUGUACGUGGAAAUAGAUAGCAAAAACUUGAUGAUAUUCACACCACCAACUGAAGUGUUUGCGGAACUACGUUUUUUUGUCUACAAUAAGAAAAAAAACAAGUACUUCACUAUUCAAGAUGUGGAAGUAAAGCGGUUCAAUGCACUUAAAACGGUGUGGGGAUUGCCGCAAGUUCUUCCGUAUGAUACAUUCAGUAACCCUGAAUAUGGUUACAUCUUCGAGGGAGACCAAUGUGAGUUUGGUGUUGGUGUCAUCGUUUCUCCACCCCUUUCAAAUUGGGAAAUCCUCUCUUUUAAUGAGAAGGUCCCGGAUCCCAAGUUUUCAUGGACUGUAGAGAAUUUUUCUUGGUUGAAAGAGGAUGUUCAAACAUCAAACAGUUUUUCAAUGGGAGGAAAGAAAUGGUUUCUAAAGCUGUAUCCAAAGGGCACCCAAAGAGCACAUGGAAAAUAUUUAUCAAUUUUUCUACAUUUGGCUGAUACUGAUAAACCGAAAGCAGAUGAGAAGAUUUUCACGCAAGCACAUUUGCGAGUUGUAGACCCACAUGGAUCAAAUCACUUGGCACACAAAUUAAGCCUUUGGUACGAGGAAUCACACUUGGCUUGGGGUUGGGAUCAGUUUUUGUCUUUAACUGAACUUCGGAAGCUUUACUUGGACAAGGAAGACACGUUGAAUGUGGAGAUCGAAUUCCAAGUUGUCUCUGCGACCAAAUACUCUCCCGUUAUUUAA